GUAACAUGGCGACUUCCAAGGAAUCGCGCGUUCUGAUCCGCGCCGUUAUUCAAGAGCUUAGAAAAAGUCUUCCGCAGGCACAGUUCCACAUGCUGCCAGGGAUCCCUCGAGGUAGUAGGGCCCCGUGAGUCACUCCUCCACGCCGCCUGUGCCUCCAGUGGUCUUGAUGGACUUCCGACUCAUCGGUGUAUUUGAGUCUUCCUGCCCCUGUCGUGACAACGGCUGGGACCUCGAAACUUGCACCGAACCCAGGUUCCAGCUCCUCGCCUCCAGCAUGCCCAGCACAGGCAGAGGCCUGUCCGAUCUCAUCAAGAUGACACAGGACUGCUCGGUGGCCCUGCAGCGACUCGAGCAGAUGGUCCCGGGUUUUCACUACUCGACACGCUCGAGUCGCACCAUGGCCGGAAAGGAACGGCUGGCCAGAGCGGCGGUGUGCACAAAUGGGACAGGUACUGCUACGGGUUCGGACGAAGACUGGAUGAGAGACCGCGUGCAGAAGGAGCUGAGGCGGGGGAGAGGAGACAAGAGGCGGAUAGUUGUGCGCAGUUUUGGCUACUCUGUUACGUGCAAGGACUUAAAAACUGUGCUCGGGACUAACUGGUUGAACGACGUCGUCAUAGACUUCUACAUGGCGCUCGUGGCCGCACGCGCUAAUGAGACUCCCGGCAGCCUGCGUGUGCACGCAUUGACCACACACUUCUUCAACGUGCUGAGAAACCGGGGCUACGACGCCGUGCGACGCUGGACGGACAGUGUGAACUUGUUUUCGUACGACUUGGUGUUUGUGCCCAUUCACGACCAAGACCACUGGUCACUGGCCGUUCUGAACAUGAUGCACCAAACGUUUGAGUUCUACGAUUCCAUGGGUCGUAAGAACUGGAAGUGCUAUCAGGUUUUGAUGGCUUACCUGAAAAAAGAGCACCAGGACAAGCUCAAAAGACCUCUCACGCCAGAUGUGAAGUGGGAAUGCAAGUACGUUCCGAACAUUCCUCAACAGACCAACUCUCAUGACUGUGGAGUGUUUGUGUGUCUGUAUGCGGAGUGCCUCGCAAAAGGCGCGCCUUUCACUUUUUCCGCUCGUGACAUUCAGGGGUUACGAUAUCGAAUUGCCUUUGAGAUAUUGUCUGGAAAAUUGGUGAACCACUGACACUGGCUGCUGCCACCUAAAGACAAAAGUAGCGUAUCAUUUGGUGGUACAGGUUGUUGAUUGCAGCCUCCACACAUGUGCCUAUGCUGUUUACAAGAGCAUACUUGAUUAGAAGAGGCCUUUUCUUUGGUUUACUCAAGCUGAUGAAUUCUCAUUCGGCUUUGCAAUGUGAUAUAGUUAUUAAUAUGAGAGAUGUUCGGGCCACUGCCUUCCGCCAACCCAAAGGCCAACAUGCUUCACUUUAGAAGCUCUUCAUUUUACUUUUGCGCCACAUCAUUGUGCGCUACAUUUUUUGUGGCAUUCUUGAUCAACCAUAACCUCUCGUGUCUGUGAGAAAAUGUUCCCUGUGCGAAUAUUUCAUUUUAUAAUUUGAGGAUAUUAGAGAACCUCAUAAUUUUCACUUACUUAACGAACUUCGAAGUUAUUCUACAGAUGGACUUUGUGUUAACUAUACUCAAAAUAGGGGGCAGCCCCCGGUUGUUUUCUAUUUGUUAAGCUCUCGGCUCCCCCAGAAACGUAAGGACAGCAGGGCAUGUUUAGGUUUUGAGUUCUUCAGGUUUGCAUAAACCUGAAAUACUGACUUGCCAGUGUUGCUUAUCACCGCUGCAAUAAGUGACACCUGGCAUUGCAGCAUAUUUUGAUGAAGAGAGACUUUGUGAACAAAUUUUCAUACCAGGCCCGGUUCUGGGGCAAGAUGCUUAAGGUGCUGUUUUCGCAGAAUUUUCUGUGUUGACUGUAUUGACAGACCCAAAAUGUCCUUUGCAUCAGAAUUUCCUGUUUUGGAGUUGGGUGCUACAUAUGUUUUUUUUUCUCUAAACAAAUGAAUUCGUGGAAGAAAGAAUAAAUCUUUACAUAUUUUUUUACUGUUAAA